AUGAAGCUUGUGCUGCUUCUCCAGCUCCUGCUGUCGGUUCUCCUAGCACCACAGCUGGUGCCUGGGAGCCCCAAGCAACAUCUGAUAAAGUAUAUUUUGGAACCUCCGCCCUGCAGAGUGGCCCCUGAAAACUGUACUAUGUUCUGUGCAGAGCAGGAAGAUUGCCCAACAGGACUUCAGUGCUGUUCUGCCUUCUGUGGGAUAAUCUGGCCCCUGCAGCAUGAAGAUGCUGAGCUCAUGGUGGAAUCCAGACUGUCCUCUGCAGAAUGGUUCCCCUCAGCUGACCGUGACCGCUCCGGAGACCCUGGUGUUGCCAGGAAGGUCAGGAUCUUUCUCCCACUUCCCCGAUGA